AUGGCCUCUCCGACGCACCGUCCACAUCCUGGCUGUCCUGCACUGACGCCUUCUGUCAGAGCUCCAACUACAUCGCCGCUCUCUCGUGAACGCGCCAGUUCGGCUGGGAGACUCUUGUCCGACGAGCUCAAUCGUCCCGAGAGGAACGCUUCCCUCAGACGCGUCAAAGACAGUCAUGAAGCUCUCCGCGCUCGCUCAACCCGCGCAAGAGGUGCCAGCAGUGGCAAUCUCGAUACCUCGGGUCCUGGUCGCUCCUUCACUGUCGGGAAUAUCAACAAUGGCUUCCUCUACCUAAGGCCUGUCGUACGACCUGGCCAUCAGCGCAUGCGUCCCUCGCCAGAUCCAUUCCUCAUCUCUCCGCCCGUCUCGUCGACCUUUGCCACUUCUGCUUCACUCGUUAAACCUCUCUACACCUCCGAUGGCACUGUUGUCGUAGAUUCAAUGCCUGAAACACUGCCGCUUGCGAGCCUGCCAUCUCCGUCGCCGUCUCCGCCGAGGCCGACAAAUGUGGCCGUCUCAUCCAAACCAAAAGGCAUUCAGAAGAACUUUUUCAAACGUGCUCACUUGAGAUCUCGCUCCUUUUCUACCGCCGAUAAACCCCCCAUCUCGGCUGAUGCUCCUGGCACCUUCAAGGUCGUCAUCGACAGACCAGACGAUGCAAGACCCAAAACGACCGAGACGCCGGUGCUUGAGGUGCCAAUUCCACACUAUAGACUGGGUACGCCUCAGUUCAGCUCCGGAGGCUCUGCAAUCCUUCGCAGUUCAGUCUAUACCCGCACUUCUCGAAACGACGACGUCCGUUCGUCUGACAUCACUCAAGGUAGACGUGGCGUCCAUUCCAUGCUGCGGCCGUCGUAUGACUCGCCAUACAUGUCACAGAGGCAUUCCGUCUCGUCACCGCACAUAUACAACCGAAUGGCCGUCCCGCCUGCAAAAGUACAGCCGUCUGACAGAGCGUCCGCCGCGGCGAUUGAACCGCAAAUAUAUGAUGCUGCUACCACAGAUCCCAACGACGAGGCUCACAUACGAAUAAAUCCAGCAGGUGGAAUUCUGGCUGCUACCCCAUCACGACUAAUAGCACAAAUUACCUCUCCCAAUUUUUUGGACUACGAACUCUUGUCCGACUUCUUCUUGAGCUUCCGCUUGUUCUUGACAAGCACCGAUGUAGUAGCCUAUCUGAUGGCUAGACUGCAAUGGGCCGUCAGCCGCGCUGACGAUCAUGGUCGAAUUGUCAGAGUACGAACCUUUGUCGCCCUGCGCCACUGGAUACUAAACUAUUUUGCCGACGAUUUCGUUCCGGACCCAAACUUGCGAGAUACGUUCUGUUCUUCUGUCAAUGGCCUCUGCAAAAGCCUACAGGCUAGGGAGGAUGGAGGAGGGGGUGAUUUGAAGAUUAUGGGCGAGCUGAAGAAAUGCUGGAGACGUACCUGUGCCACUUAUUGGGGUCCUCCCACAACGGCAACUGAAAUGCCUGACGAUGACUUGCGACCAGGCGGUCCAGACCCUUCGACCUGCCUUCUCUUCGCCCAGCAAGGGCUGACCAAGACUCGAAAUUCGGGGAUUGCGAACCUCGGGCGGGACACCAUGAGAGCAGAUGGCAAUAUACUAGCCUCGAACCAAAUUGCCUCGUAUCGCCCCCCAAAUCACACCCCUCAACAGUCACUUGUCACAUCUGCGCCACCGUUAUCCGAUCAACAGCAGCAGCAGCAGCAGCAGCAGCAGCAGCAACAACAACAACAACAACAACAACAACACGAGGACGUAGUGCCGAUCUCGCCGUCCAGCGAGAGGAGCGUACAUGCCAUGUCUUGCUCAAUCCCGGUGCGCUCUACGCAUCGUGCAGAGCGCCCAGGUGAUGCCACUUACAAUCCACCCCCUGUACUGGUACCGACUCCCUCUAGCAACCUUCAUUCCGCCGUCGGGAGGUCCGCACGCCCUUCACAGAGCAAUCAUAAGCGGAGCGGCAGCUUCUCGGAUGCUUUGAGAGAUGUCCGUGCCCGGACACAUGGCCAUAUCGAUCACGACACUGCCGACAAACAAGGCUAUACCCUUCCAGUCUUGCCGGGGAGCUUGGUCAGAGGGGCCGUCUACCAGCCCGGAUCACCGUACAUCAAUGUCCGCCUACAGAAUGACAUGGUGGCCUCGACAUCGAACCUCGAUCUGGAUCUGGCCGCCUUGCAUGCGCUCCACUCUUCUGCUAAAAUGGGGGGCGGCAUCUCUAACAAUGCGAGUGUGAAGAAGUUGAUUGGCAGUGUACGACGCGCGUUAAGCACGCGCCCUUUGCAUAGUCAUGCACUCAGCACACCAUCCUCGAAUCCUCUGGCUGCUACCUCCUCGAUCAUGAACCGGCAGUCCGAUCCGAACAUGAUCAAUUCAGCUUCCUCAACAAGCAGCCAGCCAAGGUCCAAGAAGCUGAAGAAGCAUAUGCGAGCCGGGCCACAAGUCCGAGUCGACGUCCUCGCUGCUAGGAUUGGUGAGAGCUUCAAGCGGGCCAUCACCGAGGAAUUGGAAUUGGAAAAGUCGGGUCGGAGCAGCCUGCUUGUGGCGAAUCUUGGAGGGCCUGACUCCCCAGCCAUUCGACAGUCUCUUACUGUGCCGCACCAUCCCCACGACGGCGGCUCCGGACAUCUUGGCCGGCUUCACAGUGGUGUCACGACAGGAAGCCGGUCCAUUCUCAUUGUUGAUGAUACGGGACCGCCCCCUGUCCCGGACAUCAAUUCUGGUACCCUAUCGUCCUCUCAUGCCGAGAGCGCAGCCACGAAUAACAAUUAUUCGCGGCCCAUCAUGGCAGCACCAUCUAUCGAGGCUCGGGUAAAGUCGGAUAUGCCUUCCAACAUCCAUAUCUCUCUGUCGCCAGAGGAACGCGACUAUGAUGCUGCUGCUUCAGCAGGCUACAUCGAGUCAUCCGACCUCACCCCAGCCUCUCGCUCUGGAGACGAUGCUCGCAAGACCUUGUCUGUAGCAUCAGGCUAUGCGCAUCCACACUCGUUGUUUCGCCGUGGCACUUCUGGUACUACUUCCGCUCGACCAUCUUCCUCCCUUCGCCGCUAUGCCUCAUACCACAGCGGACUCAUUAAAAGCCUAGGCCAAACUUUCCACAGCAAGCGCGAAACGACAACUUCCCAGGUACCGUCCGAGUCCUCGGACAGCGAUCCUUUUCGUUACGAAAAGGCCCCGGCCAACAGGCUGCGCCGUCGCCCCGGCGGCAACCUUCGCAAUGUGGACAAUGUGCAAGAGCUAAAGCAUACGCCCCGUCGCAGACACUCUAUUGGGAGCAUGUCGGUUCGUACAGAGUCCCUUGCCGUCCAGUCUUCAAUGUACCGAUCCCAGGGCCUUGUCUUUGACGAUGACGACGAGGACACCCAAGUUCCCCUGGAAUAUUGCUCAUCCAAAGUCGAGACUCUGCCGAAGAAGAGACUAUCCCUGGUGCAAACACACUCUUCGCAGCCAAACAUGCGUCCCUCGUUUGAAGCCGAAGUCGCAAAGCUGAGAGCCCUGCCGGAUGAUGAGGAUGACGACGGUGGUGUUGAAUCUACAUUGUUGAAACUGGAGGGAAAGUUUGAGAGGCGUAGUCCCUCGACGGGCAACGUCUCACCCGUGCAUUUUGCCUCCCAACCGGAGCAGUCUACUGCGAUUAGUAGUCUCAUGAUCGAUGACAAUCGAGCAUCCGACUCCACAACUCCCAGGCGGCAGUCUCCCCUCGCACACUCCGUCGAUACAGUAUCACCAUCUUAUCUAGCUAAUCAAUUGGACGCGCCACAUUCGAUUGCAGAGUCAGAGGACUCGUACAAUUCCGUCCCUCUUUUAGAACGUGGCUUUAGCGACGUCACAGCUUCUUCUAGGAGAUACCGGUCCGCUGGCGGCGGCGGCGGCGGCAUAGGCGAGGACCCAUCAUCGAUACCACCCCGGAAAUCUACGCAGCUACAGCGGAUACUCUCUGAUAAAUCCUCCAUUGUGCACGUCGAGAAGACAGACAGUCUCAAGGGCACCCCAGCGUCGCCCCUGCCCAACCCUGCUCACUGUUCGUUCCUUCUGGAUGACAAUCAAGAUUUCAGUGAUCAUUCGUCCGACGUGCCGGCCGAUUUCUACGAAGACUCGGAGAAUGGUUCGGAUUACCGAGUGCGCAGUUUCUUUGACGACGAGCCUGCAGACUUUGACAACGAGAUGGCUCACCCAAUUCGCCAUCCGCCUACACCUCCAGCGACACUGGAGUCUAUGACCACUCCCACUGAUUCGGCAACUUCGAUUCACACUGCGCUCUUCCAGCAAGGUCUCCCGACUCCAGGCAUGACGCCACCUUCCCACGACGUGGAUGUGGAACAUCAUUUCAAGCAGACCGAAGCUGGCUUUGCUGAGGAACCACCGACUCCAAGAUCGGUCCCGGACCACGUCACCGCUGCAUCUGGCUCCACGAAGCCUCUGGUCCAUCUUCCUUUCAUCCUGGCCUAUCCCUCCGAAGUGCUUGCAGAGCAGUUCACCGUCAUAGAAAAGGACGCAUUGGAUGAGAUUGACUGGAAAGAGUUGAUUGAGCUUCGCUGGCGCCAAUCAUCACCCUCAAUCCAAGACUGGGUAGAAUAUCUCCGAACCGAGCAGCCGCGCGGUGUUGAUGUUGUCAUCGCACGCUUCAAUCUCAUGGUGAAAUGGGCCCUGUCUGAGGUCGUGCUCACGUCAGACAUGGAAGAGCGUGCCAAGUGUCUCAUCAAGUACAUCCACAUUGCUUCUCACGCCCGCAGGCUCCGAAACUACGCCACCAUGUAUCAGAUCACUGUUGCUUUGCUGUCGAGCGACUGCGCCCGUCUCCAUCGAACCUGGGAGCUGGUCCCACCAGCUGACCGUGCGACCCUCGCCGAGCUUGAAGCGCUUGUCCAGCCGAUGCGAAAUUUCUAUGCCUUGCGAAUGGAGAUGGAGACUGCCUCUGUCGACGAAGGGUGCAUCCCUUUCAUCGGCAUCUACACGCGUGACCUGGUGUACAAUGCGCAGAAACCGGCCUAUAUAGGAACCCAGGGCGAUGGCCAGGAGAAGCUGAUCAACUGGGAGCGCCAUCACACCGCAGCGUCGAUUGUCAAGAGCUUGCUCCGUCUUUUGGAAUCCAGUGGAAAAUACACCUUCUCACCAGAUCCGACCGUAGUGAGCAAGUGUCUGUGGAUGGCCGCACUGACCGAUGAAGACAUCGCCCGAGCGAGCCGGGAACUGGAGUGACCAGAGGCCUACCUUGAUUGUUAAUCCCCCAAUUGUAUUCCAUGUUUUUUUUUUCUCUCCCCAGUUGAUUUCAAGCUUGGAUACCCGCAUC